GAGUAGAGAUGGGAUUCGCGUUGUUUGGCUGCACUUUGCUGAAACGGGCUCGGAGUGGCACUGUGCCCUAACACAUGAAGUUCGGGGAUCCCUCUAGAGCGACAACAGCAACAACAGCAGCAGCAGCAACAGCAGCAGCAGGCGCGUAGCCCAACCCUACUCCCCAUUCACUCUCCCUCUAACCGGAGUCCACAAUAGCUCCAAGAUCAGCAUCUGAAGAAGCUUAUUUCCUCCGCUAAACAGCACAGACAUACACACAGGGUCGCCACAACCGGGUCCUUAUCAGCAAUAUCUCGCCACGCUGGGAAAACUCGCACAAAUUCCAAGCACAGAUCAGCAAGAAGUUGGCGUUGGACCCACUCGUCCUUCAGUUAUUAGCAUUUCCAUGUUUUUCCUUUGGAGGUUAAGGUGAAGACUCUGAGAGGCGACACCGCCGUGAAAUGUUGACAGUUGGAAGAAAUUAUAUUCCAGAAAGCAACCCGUCCAAAAUCUGCCCCUUGCCUGUGGCGUAAUCUGCCCCCUGGUUUAACAACAAGAGUCAGAGGAGCGACUGGUCGCCUCACGGACCAGCCCCGGAAUGACAGUCGCUACUGGGAGCAACUGACGGGACAGAGGGAGAAUCACACAACAGAUGUACCCAUGUGCUUAUCUUCUCCAAGAGCGCAUCCAGUUGAGACCGACUGAUGUACACUCCGUAAGACUGCAAUGCUAAAGAGGAUGAGUGGGAGGUACAUAUGGAGCGUGGGUAAGUGGAUUGUCCUGCUCACGAUUUGCCUGGUAACUACUCUGGGAAAAGUGAGCUUAGCAUCGACACAUCACCGUAGCCACUCGGUGGUUCAUGUUAAAGCUGGAACGUGCGAGGUGAUUGCUGCUCAUCGAUGUUGCAACAAGAACAAGAUCGAGGAACGUUCCCAGACGGUGAAGUGCUCCUGCCUUCCUGGCCAGGUAGCAGGGACAACACGGGCAGCUCCAUCCUGUGUUGACGCCUUAAUCGUUGUUCAGAAGUGGUGGUGUCACAUGGAACCAUGCCUGGAGGGGGAGGAGUGCAGGGUUCUACCAGAUCUGAGUGGGUGGAGCUGUAGCACUGGAAACAAAGUCAAAACCACCAAGUUUGUUCCCAAGCAGCUGCUUUUGUCCGAGUGGGAAUCGCUGCGUCUCCCAAAGGAACGUCAGAUAUAACGAGUGCAGUCGGGACACCGCACAGUAGGACAGGAAGCAUCGGAGAGCCUCUAGUGAAGGGUGAACAAUGUGCUGCUGGACAAAGACAAAGAACAGGGUGUCCACGAAGUAUCCUCAACAACAAGUACCCUCGAGGGGAUGGACACGGGUCACCCUGGAAGCCCAGCUUGCCUCCAGCCUGCUGCAGCCUGAGGGAAGAGGGACAGCUCGCUCCUGCCCUUUGUGUUUUGCAGAGAGACUAUACUCCGUUAUCUCUUUCCCCAGACCAGGUAUAACUCAGUAUGAACAAAGCUGUGACCAAAAACCCUGACAUUAAACAACCUUCAAAGGGGAAGGAAAAUCAUGUUGAUCUUCACAAUCCAAUGAAUGUUCCAGGGUUUCUAUGGCCCCUCUCCAUUCAAUUCCAGCCGAUGAAACAGCCCUUUGCUUCAACCAGUCACCUAUGUGGAGAUGCCGGCGUUUACAACAGUACAACCUGUGCCUGGUCUGCAUCAUCUCCUACAUCCACUGGAGACUCAUGCUAAUACUUAAUGGAGGUAACAGUGAGUUGGAGUUGAGCCCACAGUGAUAAUUGUUGAACAAGUUUCAAGGCAGCGGAAGCCUGCUUCUAUACCUGACUGGAUCCAAUCCACCACAUGCUUCAGUGGGCCUGGUUACACUGCAGCAAAGCUUCUGGAAGCAGUGAUUCUGUUGGGAUGAUUCCUUGCCUCCGAUCGCUCAAUUACUUACUGACAUUGAAGGCCUGGUCCUCAUUUUUAUCACAGGUCUGCUGAUGACUUCUUGAGACUGAGCAGUGAAAAUUAAUCUGAUCUUGUGAUGAUUGUAGACCCCAGUUAAACUGUAUAUAACUGUACAAAUUCAGAGUUAAUACAUGUUAAUGUCUGAUAAAGGUCAUGGCUUAU